AUGUCUGCGCGUGACAUGCUGAUAGAGUUGCAGGCGACCAGCAUCGAAAUUGCUGCCCAGCUUGCAGCUAGCCACGCCCUGUUGAUCAAAAUGCAAAAGAACCUGCAGGAGUUGAAAGAUUUGCUUGAUCCACCACCUCCAGUCUCAAAGAGAGAUCCGCCCGAAGCUGUCGAGACAGAAGAUGAGCGAGAGCACAAGCGGCUGAAGGCCGUUUAUCAGCGCAGGGGUGGCACGACGACGUUGCCCUUGGGGCCAGCAUGGGGGGAACUCCCCCCCACGAUCCCUGCUGAUGAUGCUGUCGCACUGGGGGUAAAGGUGGAAGAAGAGGUGGAUGAGGCAACAGCGCCAACUUUGAUGACAUGA